GUUUAACAUCAUUAGUAUAAAAAGGCAGGAUGCCGCUAACGUUAGAUAGAUGCAAAGUAUCUUUGCUAAGAAUAAGACCAGUGCAGUGUGUGCAAUUAUAACAAUUGAAGAUGAAGCUGUUAAUUCUUUUGGUCGUCGUCGCGGUGGCUUCCGCCCGCCCAGAUGAGAAAUACAGCAGCCGUUAUGACGACUUCGACGUAGAACAGCUAAGGGAAAACCCCAGACUAAUGAAUUCUUAUAUCCUGUGUUUCCUUGGAGAGGGAAAGUGUACACCAGAAGGAAAUGAUAUAAGCAAAUGGAUUCCAGAUGCAGUCAGCAACACUUGUGAAAACUGUUCGGACAAGCAAAAAGUUCUCGUUGCCAAAAUGAUCAAGACUAUGAUGGAUGACCAUAAGGAGGGUUGGGAGAAGCUCAAGAACAAAUAUGACCCAGAGCAUGCCCAUGAAGAUGAACUGAAACAGUUCAUUGAAAAAUACCAAUCAUAAACAUUUCUUGAACCUUCAUUUCUUGAUAGUUUCAUGUAAAAUAAACUUUGAUUAUUUAUAAAAA